AUGAGUUUUACAAACUGCUGCUUUUUUGAAGAACAUUCACUCUGCAUCUUCCUCCCACCUGUGUUGAUCUUUCAGUUUGUGCUGGGCUCAGUAUUUAAUGGCAUCUCUUUAUGGGUCUUUUGCUUCUGCAUCAAGUCUUGGAAACCAAGUACAAUCUACCUUGUCAAUCUGACAGUUGCAGACUUUCUCCUCAUCAUAUGUCUGCCAUUCAGGACUGAUUAUUACCUAAGACAGAAGAAAUGGAUAUAUGGAGACAUGCCGUGUAGGAUGGUGCUCUUCAUGUUGGCACUGAACAGGGCCGGGAGCAUUUUCUUCCUCACUCUUGUUGGUUUAGAUCGUUAUUUUAAGGUUGUCCAUCCUCACAACAAAGCUAAUUUUACUUCCAUCAAAACUGCAUCUGCCUUGGUUGCUUUUAUUUGGAUUUUUACAAUGUUGGUAACCUCUUACAUCCUCAUGGAAGAUCACUCAGCUGGGAACAUGUGUGACAGUUUUUCUAUAUGCCCUGAUGCUUCUUAUUUACAUGAUUAUCUGUUUAUUUUAGAGUUUUUCAUACCCCUUGUUCUCCUGUUUUGCUCUUACAGAAUCAUUCUGAGUCUUAGGCAGAGAAACCUGGACAGACAUUCUAAGAUACAAAGAGCAGUAAAAUGCAUCAUGUUGGUAGUGAUAGUGUUUUCUGUAUGUUUCUUACCCAGUGUGUCUACUAGGAUUGAAAUUGUACGGCUUCGGAAUUCUUCCCAGAAUAAAAACUGUGCAAUCUACAGAAUGGUGGACAUAAUGUUUUAUAUCACGGUGUGCUUCACUUAUAUGAACAGUAUUUGUAAUCCUCUGGUGUAUUACUUCUCAAGUCCAACAUUCCGGGCAUUUUACUUAAAGAUGCUGAAGUGCAACAAAAAAGCAGCUUCUGACUUUGAUCAAACCAUAGGAACACCUGACACUUUCCAAUCAAAUAGUCAGCUAUAAAGGAACUGCAGAAAAGAAGUGGUUUAUAAUAAAUAUGUAACAGUAUUUAACUUGUGCCUGAUGUAAUUUUUAGUUUUGCUAAAAAUGCUUUUAAGCUACAUUAAUUUAAAGUUCUGUAUAAUUUUUGUAUAACAAGGACUUUUAAAAUGUAUUAUAUCAGUUACAACAAAAAUAAAUGUCAAAUUAUA